ACAACUAAAAGCCAAAAAAAGAAGAGGAGGUCAUAAUGUAAAGUAAUAAAAAACAUAAACCUAUACCAAUAAACACCAAUUCAAAUACAUAAAUAUGGGGGCAACAAUGGUGAAAAAUGGAAACUUGCUGGAUGCAUUACCAUCACAGGGAACGCUUCAUAUUGUCAUGCUUGGAUUAGACUCAGCUGGUAAGACAACAGCACUCUAUAGACUAAAGUUCGACCAGUAUUUGAACACAGUGCCCACCAUAGGAUUCAAUUGCGAAAAGGUUCAAGGCACCUCGGGCAAGGCGAAGGGUGUACACUUUCUCGUUUGGGACGUGGGUGGACAGGAAAAGUUACGGCCGUUAUGGCGAAGUUAUACACGAUGUACAGAUGGUAUUUUAUUUGUUGUUGAUUCUGUUGACACUGAACGAAUGGAAGAAGCCAAAAUGGAGUUAAUGCGCACUGCAAAAUGCCCUGACAAUCAGGGUGUGCCUGUGCUGAUUUUAGCCAACAAACAAGAUCUUCCCAACGCUUGCGGUCCAAAGGAACUAGAAAAACUUUUAGGACUUCACGAGCUGCAUCAUCCCGCACAGAAUCUUUCCAUGCUAAGUUCAAGUUCAUCUUCGACAGGUAAUAUUGUUGGAUAUAGUACUCCAAACCAAAGUUAUGCUGGACGUUGUUUAACUCCAACGGCUCAAAUGCAAUCUCCGCUGGGCUAUGCCGGACCCACGAGUGAAAAAAGCUCCGAAAGGAGCCUAUCGUCAAGUAGGGGCACCCUGUCAUCGCAUCUACGCGAGGACUCCGACACCAAGGAACAGAAUAUUGGACACGAUGCCAAAAGUUGUGUUUCACUCACAACAUCUCCCACAUCAAACAGCAUACAUUUAACAAAGAAAGGCAAUAAUGCUAAAGCACCCACAUCGUUGCAAUUGAAAGGCUGGUACAUACAGCCAGCGUGCGCAAUAACUGGCGAGGGUCUACAGGAAGGCUUGGACGCCCUAUACGAUAUGAUUUUAAAAAGGCGAAAAUUAAAUAAGUCGCAUAAAAAGAAACGGUAAUAGUGCCUCUGCGCAAUGGUUUAGAAAUUAAAGUCUGUUUAGCACAAUUAACUUCAAUGCACAUGCACAAAAAUAAAUACAUGUAUGUAUCUACAUUCUGGUUAGACAA